CCGAAUUCCGUUUGCAAAGUAGAUGUAGCAGAACUAUAACUUUACUAAAAAAUUAGAAUGAGUGAAGAAACAAUCGUUUUGAUGGAAAGGGAGGAAUCUCCCCAACCAAAAGGAAAAUAUGACAGGAUGCUAUUUUUCAACCUUUUUCGCAAAAUAAUGUCCAUUUGUGGCCAAAAGCAUAUAGAUCGUAAGAAAAUAGAAACGCUACAAAAGUCGAAUGACGUACUUGAAUCCAUCGAAACCCUAAAUUUGUUAAUAAAAGAAGAGGCGACACUAACGAAAAUGCAGCUCAAAAACACGAUUCGAGCAGAAUUAUUACAGGUGAUGUUUAAAAAAUGUGAACAAAAUGGAGGUGAUGCAAUCGACUUAUGUUUUUUUGCCUCGGCGAUUUGCAAUAAAGACGUUGUUAAAGAAAACAUCAGCAAAUGCACUAGUGAGCUACUGAAUACGCCUAUCUUCUUUAACACAAUUUUAACUUUCACUCUAAAACAUGCCAAGAUUUCAGAACCGAAUUUUUUCGAAUGCGUUGAACUUUUGCUAGAAGCGGGUGUUGACAUAAAUAAGCCCGAUUUCUGCGGGAAAACCGCUGUCGAGCAUGUCGCAUUUCUAUACAAAAGAAAUAGUCAAGAAGAGAUUAAAAUAAAACUUGAGCAGCUCAUCGUUAAAUUAAAAGAAAAGGGUGUACUGUGGGAAAUUUUGGACGAAGAAACGAAAAAUAUUAUCAAGAUGCCAACUAAAUCAGAAGAAAAACACAUUGAUGACGACACAAUUAAUCAACUUUUUUGUUGGAUAGGUAAAGAGAACAUUAAAGAGUUUGUAAAGUUUAGAAACAUUCGAAAUUUUGCCAACUGCAGUAAUGGGGAAUAUACGCUGUUACAGUUCGCUUGUAAAAGGUCCGAAAAAAUGCAUGUGGUUGUAAAGUUUCUUUUAGACCAUAAUGCAGACCCAAACAAAGUCACUGAACUGUAUCCUUUUAAACCCGCAGAAAUAGCAGCCCGAAAAAAACAUGAACAAAGCUUCCAAGAAAUCCUAAAGAAUAAAAAUCUAGAAAUAACACAAGAAAUGUUUAAUCACUUUGUUCAGUGGCGUACUGUAGGCGUGAAGCGAAAGCUUUUUGAAAUGUUUUUAGAAUCGAACAAUCUGGAACCCAGUUUAACUUGCAAAUUCUCCGGAAACACACCAUUACAUUACGCCGUACGUUUCUCCCAUAGGAAAGCGAUCCAAAAAAUACUCAAACAUCCGAAAAAUAUGUUAGACGUAACAAAUGACGCGGGUAAGGUUGUUCUAGACGUGAUGAGAGUUGACGAUCUUAAGGCACAUUUUGACGCUUGCUUAGUCUUAGAUACAUACAACGACUUCGGUUCAGACGACUACAAAAUGCAUCUCCGUUUCAAGUCCUUGGUUUCAGACUCAAGUGGCCAAAUUGACGAAAUGAAAAUUAUUUCUAAAAUUGCAAAAAAUAGAAACUUGUGCGAGCUGUUGUCUCAUCCGCUGGUUAACACAUUCCUUGAGCUGAAAUGGUCCAAAGUCGCUUUCUACUACUGGUUGGUGUUAGUUCUACAAUUUUUCUUAUUCACCGCCUUGAGUUCUUGUUUUUACUUGUUGUGUGAAGUUCCCUCCACCAAUUUUUGGUUGUGUGUUUUCUUCAUUCUUCUUAACUCCGUCACAAAAAUUCCAUUUAUUACAGCUCCUUACUUUUGUGGAAAACGUCAACCUCCCACUCUCUACGAAACCUUAGAAAUUCUGGUUGCAUUGACGCUUUUCGGAGCGUUCUUUUCGGUCGAGUGUCGAGCCUUCGCUUUCGUGGAAAUGUCCGUCUUGUGUUUAUUAACCGUUGGCUACCACCCACGAAUCGCAAAAUGGUCCGCCAUGAUGAAAAAGGUUUUUAAAUCUUUCACUUACUUGAUGGUAUUUUUUUCUCUAAUAUUGUUAGCCUUUGCUGUUGCCUUCCAACUAUUGUUCAAGGACGAAGGCUUCUUCAAAAACAUCUGGAAGUCGCUUUUCGUGACUUACGUUAUGACAACCGGCGAGUUCAACAUGAACGAAAACUUCGCUUUUUCGACUACGGGUCAUUACGUCGUAUUUUUCGUUUUCGCUAUCUUUGUGGCUUUAGUGAUGGUCAAUUUCUGGACUGGCGUUGCCGUCACCGACGUAAGCAGUAUUGAGAAGAACGCCGAGAUUAAUGCUUUCAAAAACGUAAUCAGUUUCAUGGGGUUUGUUGAAAAACGGCUCUGGGGUCGAGAGUUUCUACGGAUUUCUCGUUUACCGAAUCCAUUACUAUUUUUUGAUACAAAGAAAAAAUACGAUGUUGGCUUUUACAUAAAUAGAGAGAAACAGUUCGAAAGCGGUGAAGGUUUUCCUGACAAUGUGGGUUCGAAAUGUUUGGAGAAAAUUAGAGAGUUUUGCUCUAAACAAAUGGAUAGUUCGAAUGACACACAAGUAAUGAGUAGACUAGAAGGAUUGGAGAAAAUGUUGCUUGACAUAAAGAACUCAAUCAAUUCGCACAAAGGAGAUGUCUUCCAAAAGGAAAACAAGAAAAAUCAAAAAGACAAUUAAUUACAUUAUCAGUAUUUUUAUUAAGAGAAAAAUAAAAUGUAAUGAAUUUGAGUAUAAUCGUGAUGAAUUUUUAUGUCUGUUCAUUUAGUAUAUAAAUAUUCUAAUAAAUAGCUGUUAAUCUUU